AUUGAAAUCUCAAUUGGGCUCAGUAAGAGGAAGGCCUCACGCCUAGACCUUGUCGAGCGCAAGCUUCUUCUCGACCUCGCGUCCGCUUGCUGCGUCCACCGCGCCGCCGCCGAGAUGAUGCAAUCGCACCUGCCGUCCCCGGCGAGGCUGGGUCUCACCGCCUCGUCGCCGUCGCUCCCGCCAAACCCGACUCCCCUGAACCCCACCUCCUCGCCGCCACACGGCAACCUGGCCGCUAACGCAGCCGCAACCGCUGCCCCAACCCUAACCACCUCACCGUCGCUCCUGCCGCUCCUGCCGCCGCUCCCGCGCGCGCAGUCGCUGCUCCACCUCAUAUCGUCGCUCGCCUCCAACCUCUUCGAGCUCUCGCCCAACCGCGCCGCGUGGAUCUCCGCGUACCGGGGGUCACUCCCCGCAUUCCUCCCCUCGGCGUCGUCCUCCGCGCCGCUCCCGUCCCCGAUCUCCUCCACCAAGGACGCGAUGCCGCUGCUCACCACCCUCCAGACGCAGCUCUUUGAGGCCGUCGCCGAGCUGCAGGAGACCCUCGACCUGAAGGACGCGCGCGCACGCCUGGCCCACGAGGCGCGUGCUAAGGACGCUGCACUCCUCGCCUUCGCGAAGAAGCUGCGCGAGGCCCACCACGUGCUCGACCGCCUCGUCGACGACUACGCCGACUACCGCCGCGACCCCAAGCGCCCUCGCGGCGCCGCAGCGGCUGACGACCCCGAGCCGGUGUCGGAGGGCGACUUCGGCGCGUCCCUCCACUCCAGGCUCAACCUGGACGACGUUCUGACCUACGCGCACCGCAUAAGUUACACUACUUUCGCUCCACCGGAGCAUGGUGCUGGCCUGCCUCUGCGCGGGGCUUUGCCACCUGCACCGCAGGAAAAUGAAAUGCGGAUGUCGCAGCUGUAUCAGUUUGCGGAUUUGGAUGUUGGGGUGCCCAAGAAGCCCUUGGAGGCGAAGGAGGGGAUCACGGCAGAGGUGGAGGCCGCGCCACUGUUUGAGCCUACACCUCCACUGGAGGAGCCCCCACAACCACUGAUGCUACCGAUCACUCUGCCACCUGGGUUGCUGAAGGAGAUGCCUAAGCCACCGCCUGGAUGGAAGCCUGGGGAUCCAAUCACGCUGCCGCUGGAUGGGAUACUACCUGGUAUCAGGGGUGAAGAGCCGCAAGCUACUGUGCUACAGCCGCUUAUCGCGGUUAAGCCAGUGGCACCAACGGGCCCAGAGCCGAUACAGGUCAAGCCUGUUCAGCUUGACUUUGAGAGUAGCAGCAGCGAUGAAUACAGUAGUGAUGUCGGGAGCUCAGAAGAAGAUGAUGAGGAUUAGUGCUUGGUAAGCUCCAACGUUUCAUCAUUCAUGUGUUUUCAUGCCAUUGUAGCCAUGCAAUAGCAAAACUACGUAACAAGAUCAUUAGCUAAUAUUGUUUGUGCCUGUCUGUUCUAGUUAUUUCGGCACUAGAUUUACUGCUGAAUACAUAUGGUUUAAAUCUGUUCUAGUUUAGUUGCCGGGUCACAAGUUCAUUUGUUCUCAUAAAUGUAACAUAAAUCCUCGUGGGGUUCAAUUGCCUUGGCUUUUGUAGUCAAGAUGACUGAAUGUUGUAUUAAUCUGAAUCUUGGCUUCUUUUAUGGCUGCUGAAUGUCACGAGUUUAGUGAUUGAUGGCU